UAGGGGACGACAUGGGCCUGGUUAUAUGUGCUUCUUGCGCGUAGCGGAGGCGGUUUUUAGUUUUGUGGGAUUAUAUGUCAGAAAAUCAAGUGAUUCAGCGGUCAAAGGCCUCUAUCGCGUAGUUAAAUCCAGUUUUACCUUUCUAAUUGGCUCUAUAUUUGCUAUUACAAGAUCUGAUGCGCGUAGAGAAACGGAACUUGAACUGGAACCGGUUCAUCAUAUAGGUGGAAGCGCUGCUGAGUUUUUUUUGCAUUGUGAGAUUUCAGGCGUUGCCUGAAAAUAUUAAAGGCCACUUCAAAUACUUCAGGCCACCAAAAAUUGCCUACAAGAAUGGGUGGUCUGUUGAGCUACUUCCAGGGUCUGUUUGGUAGCAGGGAAAUGAGAAUACUCAUCUUGGGACUGGAUGGAGCAGGAAAAACCACUAUUCUGUACAGGCUGCAGGUUGGCGAGGUGGUGACCACGAUUCCCACCAUUGGCUUCAACGUAGAGCAGGUGACCUACAACAACCUCAAGUUCCAGGUCUGGGACCUUGGUGGACAGACAAGUAUUAGGCCUUACUGGCGUUGCUACUACUCCAAUACAGACGCCAUUAUCUACGUAGUGGACUCGGCCGACCGUGAUCGGAUGGGCAUCUCUAAACAGGAGCUGGUCUCAAUGCUCGAGGAGGAGGAGCUGCGCGGCGCCGUGCUCGCCGUGCUCGCCAACAAACAGGAUAUGGAGGGCGCCAUGUCCGUGGCCGAGGUCUACUCCGCGCUCGGCCUCGAGGCGCUCAAAACUCGUACAUUCCAGAUUUUCAAGACAUCCGCCAUCAAGGGUGAGGGUCUCGAUCAAGCCAUGGACUGGCUAGCGAAUGCGCUGCAGGCGAAAAAGUGACGUGUCAGCACCGCUGCUGGAUAAUACUGGCAGGUGUGGACUCAGUGGUAACACCUACCGGACUGCGCCUCACCGUGAGGUGCCGUUUAUUUCUUGCUACUGAAAACUGAGCCCCAGAUUGCGGCAAAGUUGUGUCACCACGGAAAAGUGAUGUCACGGGGCGCCCCUGGUCGGUACUGCUCCUCGAGUGGCUAUGAGUGACCGAUCGGGGUCGUGCCGGCGAGAACGACAGGCUGCUAUGCGCUGCACCGCCGGCCUGGCCGGCGCCGGCGUCCCGGGGCUCUCCACGGCCAACCGGCCUGUCGCCCUGGGACCAGCUGGCCGAAGCUUGGCUACUCUUCUGUCUGUGUUUGUUUUGUUGACGCUCCACACUAUCGACGGAGCUUGUGUUUAUUGCGAAGGAGUGAAUUGACUGAGACACGCGUUUGGUCUGUGUAUGGUGUGGGACGAAGUGGGACUACAAUUAUCGACUGCAGUGGUGAUCAAUGACCCGCGUUGAUGAGUGUGUGUAUGAUCACAGUUCGGCUGCUCUGCAGGGAGGUGUGGUGCCGCUUUAGCUGGGUAAUUAACGUACACAUCCAGUCGUGAUUGUGGAGGAUGUGAUACGGGGUGACGUGGCCGCUGUAAGUGCCGCCCUCUAUGCCCUGAGCGCGGUCCAGCUCUACAUAUAUAUGGUAUCAACAUUAAAUCUUAUGUUUGAUGUGAUCUAUGGAAUACCCGGGAAUAAAUGCGUGUUCUCAU